CUUGUUAUUAUCAUUUAAUCUGUGCUGUGCAAGCUUGGGAUUUAUAAUGUUAUAACCUAGUUAGCUAACCAGAGCAAGUUGAAAGAAAUUAAAAGCGCCAAUUUAUGCUUAAAAGAUGGAAUUAUUCUAAUUGAUUUUGUUGGGAUUUGGGCAAAUGCUUUAAGUGCGGUCUCUUCGGCCCAGAAGAAAGAAAAGCGAUCCUAGUGGGCUAAGUGAAAAGGGGGUUAAGUGGAGAGGGGGCUGAUUAUUAAGUGUGGCUCAUUUGAUUUGUGUCCACUCAGUAAAUAUAUUUUAAUCGGUGUGAAGUCUUGGGGGGAUUAGGGCGGAAAAAUGUGAUUGGAGAGUUGGAUAAUUCAUUAAGUUCUAUUCCAUUACUUGAUUAAUUAAAUAUUACUUUUCGCCAUUAUUUGCCCUGCAGUCCCAUUGAAAAGUAAGUGAGGGGAUAUAAAAACAUUUUUAAAUCAAUUUCCACCCCUAAGUCCCAUCCACUUUGCGGGAUUAUUUCGAUUUCCAAAGGCAAUUCAAAUUUCAUUUCGCUUAUUUUUUACCCCAUUUACCCAUUUUACCCGCCGCCUCAGUCGUGCCUCUGCCUCGCCCUCAGAUAUAACUUAAAUCUCAAUAGGCAGAUUGCCAUCGAAAAAACAAUUGCCCCGCUUAUAAACACCUUUCAUAAACAUUAGCUAAACACCAAACACCCGAAAAGCAUCUUUCCCCAUUAACACUUCUGUUUACACAGAACAAACAAGCCCUCUUUGACUCAAAAAUUCCAACUUUCAUCUGAAAAAUUAAUUUUUGCCCUUUCUUCUAUCUUUGAAAUUAACUCAACUCACUUUUAAUAAAAACUCAUUUAAAUUUCUGGGCUGACAAAGUUUUUAUUGAAAACUGGACAACAUCUGGAAUUGAUAAGUUCCAAAAACUUCCAUACUGGUUUAGAACUAGAGAUAAGUAUAAGUUAUUCUACUAAUUAAAUUACUUUUUCACGCGCAACUGAUUACGUGGGCUAAUCGCCCUAUUAAUAUGUAAUCUUUUAACCAUUUUGCAAUAAAUUUCCAAUUAUUUGUAUCCAAAUUUGAAAGAUAACUGACACCUUUAUCUCGCUUUGAAAUCUGAGAGGAUCCAAAUUUUGUUAAUUGAAAACAUGCAGUCCGAAACCACACGGGUAGCCCAAGAUUUCAGUGGGAUUUUGAACUCCCAAGUUUCACAAGUUUCAAACAUUUCUAAAUUCCUGAUCGAAUCCAUUUUGAAUGUAUCGGCAAAAGAAGCGGCAUCAUCUCAGAAUUUGCAAAUUCUCAACGCGAUUCAAGGUAACUUAGCCGACAGUAAAAGUGCAGACAAAAACAACACAGAACAAACAGCCGACGAAAUUGAAGAAGAUACGACAGAUGAUCAAUCGAAAAAUAAAACUACUAUUGAAAGCUUUCAAAGAGCAACUUCAACUCCUAAAAUUGAAGAAUUGCCAGAAAAAGUUAUCAGAAAAGAGCUGAACUCGAGUUUUUCUCCGAACGCUGAAAACGACAAUUUAUCUCCGGUUAGAAGUUCUGAGAACAAAGUUUCGAAGCAAAAAGAAGAGCUGCAAAAUUUCCAGAGGAAUCUUUUGUAUUCGAAUUUUGGAAACGGCGGUUUGAAUGGUAUUCAUCAAUACUCUGGAGUUCCUGGAAUUGCAAUUUCGCAGAAUCUUCAGAAUUUGUACAAAAAUGCGAGCAGCUCAUUGGCUCAAUUUACUUCCACGACUUCGCCGAGUAGUCUCGUGGGAACUCAGCCGACCAAUCAGAUUGCAGCAGAUAGUCUGUCGCUGUUCAAUUACCUGCAACAGGCUGCAGUUCUUUCCUCCUCCUGCAAUCCUGCGACUCUUCUAGUGCAGAGUGGUCACGUGACAGGUGCUGGAUCGGUCUGCAGUCCAAAUCAGCAGAUGGAGAACUACUCCAGACUGCUGGCACUUGGCAUUGGACUCGACCAGAACAAUGGAUUCGUUCCCUCCUUCCACCACCCAGGCCCCCUGUCCAGUCCCUUGGACGGCAACUCCUCUGGCUUGGGGGGAUUGCAGGGGGGCAACAGUAAGUGCAGACGGCCCCGGACAGCCUUCACGAGCCAGCAGCUGCUGGAGUUGGAGAACCAGUUCCGGAAGAACAAGUACCUCAGCCGACCCAAGAGGUUCGAAGUGGCCACCAAACUCAUGCUCACAGAAACACAGGUGAAGAUCUGGUUCCAGAACCGACGAAUGAAAUGGAAGAGGGCUAAAAAAGUACUGAGCAGUUCAUCGACAAACAACAACAACAACAACAACAACAACAACAACAACAACAACAACAACAACAACAACAACAACAACAACAACAACAACAACAACAACAACAACAACAACAACAACAACAACAACAACAACAACAACUCACUGAAUACCAGCUCAUCAUCAUCAUCUUCCUCUUCCUCGUCCACCAAUCACAAUUCAUCACUCAAUGCAACACAUACAAGCCCACUCAAUCUCAAGAAACACUAA